CCCGUCCCCUGCCCGAAGCUACUCUGGGUCUUGGUCACCAUGAACAUCUCUACCACGGCCAAGAUCGCCACGGCGGCCACGGCUCUCGUGCUAGCCGACCGGUUUGAUCAAAAGUACCAAAUCUCAAAUGACUUGGUCCUGUUCAAGCGCCUUUUCCCGAUGAAGUUCGAGGUCCAGGCUGCCUUCAAGGGCAAGUGGAACAUCAUCGACGGCAUCUGGUACAAGACCCUGCGCAAGUGCCCGAACAAGACAUGCAUCAUUGAUGCCACCCCCGGGUCCAAUCGGUCUAUGACCUACCUUGAUGUGGAAAAGUACUCCAACAAGAUUGCCCACUGGGUCAUUGCCGCAGGCAUUCCGGUCGGCGAGGUGGCCGGCAUCUUCUUGACCAAUCGCAUUGAGUACAUCCCUGUGUGGCUUGGUUUUGCCAAGGCCGGUGUCACGAUCGCCUUCCUCAAUAGCCACAUCACCGGCCCUGGUCUCGAGCAUAGCAUUCGCAUCUCCACCGCGAAGUGGGUGAUCUUCGGCUCGGACACCAGUGCCGCCGUGGCCGACAUCCUGAAGGGCUCCCGCUUGGCCGACAGCGGGGUGCAGUUUGCCUCGAUCGAUUGCGACAUCCCCGGGACCAAGCAUGUGGAUAAGCACUUUGGCCCGCUGUCACACGAGGCAUCUCCCAUCAGCCGGCGCGCUUCUCUUGAAGGCAGCUCCAACUGGGGCCUCGUCUACACCAGCGGGACCACCGGCCUGCCAAAGGCAGCGGUCAUCCGCCACGCGCGCUUCCUCGCCGCGGCCUCGGCCUUUGGCCGGACUUUCUGCUUCCGCGAAACGGAUAUCCUCUACAUGGUCCUGCCGCUGUAUCACAGUGCCGGCGGCAUGAUCGGCGUGGGAAUGGUCCUGCGCGAUGGGGCGACCAUUGUCCAGCGUAGCCGCUUCAGCGCGGCCGCCUUCUCUCGGGACUUGGUCCAAUACAAGUGCACCGUGGUCCAGUACAUCGGCGAGCUGUGCCGGUACCUGCUGGCCGCGGCCCCGGCACCGGAGGAUCGUCAGCACCGCGUGCGCCUGGCCUUCGGCAAUGGCUUGCGCCCGGAUGUGUGGCCGCAAUUCCAGGCGCGCUUCGGCAUCCCGGAGAUCGGCGAGUUCUAUGCCUCGACCGAGGGCAAUGCCAACAUGUUCGUUCACACCACCGGUGGUCCCACUGCCCGGGGCACUGGCAGUGUUGGGCACAUCGGUGUUCUCAUGCGCCACGCCAAUCCGAUUCGCUUCAUUCGCAUCUGCCAAGAGACCGAGGUGCCGCUCCGUGGUCCUGAUGGCUUGUGCAUCGAGUGUGACAACGGCGAGAUCGGCGAGUGUGUCGGCCGCAUCAACCCCGAUGAUGCGCUCAAGAGCUUCGGCGGGUACUACAAAGACCAGAAGGCCAAUAGCCAGAAAAUUCUGCGCGACGUGCUGAAGCACGGGGACAGCUGGUUCCGGACCGGAGACCUGAUGAAGCGCGACACCGAUGGGUACAUCUACUUCAUUGAUCGUUUGGGGGACACCUUCCGGUGGAAGGGCGAGAAUGUGUCCACCGGUGAGGUGGCCGCCGUUGUGGCCGCCGUGCCCGGGGUCCUGGACGCCUGUGUGUAUGGUGUGGCUCUCCCUGGACAUGAGGGUCGCUGCGGCGCGGUGGUCAUUGUCGUGCCUCCCGGAACACCGGAGGACCACCAGCGCGUCCUGCGCGACGUGGCCAAGCAUGUGUGCCAGACCCUUCCCUCCUUUGCCCGGCCACAAUUUGCCCGGGUGGCCGUGGAGGUGGAGCAGACCGGCACAUUCAAGCACCGGAAGGCCGACCUCCGGGCUCAGGGCGCCGAUCCGGCGACUCUCCCCCCCGGCGAGGCCAUGUACAUCCUGAAUCACGAAAAGGCCGAAUACCAUCCCCACUGUGUCGAGUCCUUCGGCCGCAUCCUGUCUGGAGCCAUCCGCCUGUGAGGGACCGGCGAAGGCAAACCACUGACAGGGAAACCCGAUCAGACCGCCGAGGAAGGCACACCCCGCACCGCCCGCACGCUUUUCCAUUUCCCUUCCGCCACCACACACACACACGCGCACACGUGCGUGCGUUCUCUCUCUCUCUCUCUCCCACUCGUGCCCCAAUUUUGUCUUCCUCCGACGGUGUCAUGAAAAUAUACACAUGCCCGUGAAUGACCGACCAAGGAAGCAGUGCGUACUCGUCCCCCCCUCUCUCUCUCUCCCCCCCUCC